AUGAUGACGUGCCGUCUGCUGUGCGCCCUGCUGGUGCUUGCCCUGUGCUGCUGCCCGUCCGUGUGCGUGACAGCGACUGGUGAAGAAAAAAAAGAAGCCGAUAGUUCAACGACUGCUUCGCCACCGGGAACAAGUGGUACAGGGCAAGCAAAUACUUCCACGGGGCCAAGUUCAACAGUUAUGAACGUUACGUUACCGGUAACCGAAAAUCAGGACGCUAGGGGAGAAGCAUCAGACAAGACGACUGAUACCGGAAAAAGGACAGAUGGAGUGGCCGUUACGUCAGGGAUUACGGGGAACAGUGCGGAACAGCCAGUAAUUGAGAACCAUAAAUCACAAGGGGCAAGUUCCGAGAACGAUACGGUACAAAAACCGGCUGAGGAACAGAAAUCAGGUACGACGCGCGAUACCGGACAAGAGACAGGUAAGGGAUCCGCUUCGCCAGAAACUUCAGAUAAAGCAAGUCCGGAGCAUAUUCCAAAGGAGGGAGCAGGUGGGUCCGAUGGGUCAGGGUCGUCAGGUGGGUCGGCUAACUCAAAUACAUCGUCAAUUUCCGUGACCGGUACGGUACCGGCACAAAUUCAGAAGGAAAAUGCGCCAACAACAACAACCACUACUACGACAAAAGCACCAACUACCACCACCACUACGACUACGGAGGCGCCAACUACAACGACGACGACCCGCGCACCGUCACUUCUUCGUGAAAGCGACGGCAGCCUCAGCAGCUCUGCGUGGGUGUGUGCCCCGCUGCUGCUCGCCGUAUCCGCGCUGGCGUACACCACUCUGGGCUGA